GGCGGAGCGGCGCCGCUGCCAUGGAGACGGGGCCUAGCGACGCCCGCAGCCUGGGCCUGGGGGUGCGCAAAUGGCCUACCCGCGGAAAGGGUCGCUGCGGGUGGUGCAGGUGGCGUCAGACAGCCUGCAGGGACAGCUUGAUGACUUACUAAAGAAAGUUAAACAUCCUGAAAGAAGAGAGGAACUUUUUGCAAAUUGUCUUCAAAUAAAGAAAAAUGUUGAUGGAACUUUGGACGCUCUUCGCAAGUUGAAGAAGGGAAAUGAAAUCACUCACGUGCAGAAUUACGAGCAGCGGAAGCAUGCGGAGGAGAGGCGACUGAUGGGCAUGUCGGAACUGCUUCAAGAACUUGCUCGCAGACUACACAAAGAGCUCCUCAACAAGCAAAUUGAAGCAGCAGAUAAGAACAUAAAGAGCAAGGCCGCCGCCGCCGCUGGGAAACAGAGGAAAAAAAGCGAUGAAGACGAUGAAGAUGCAGACGAAGAAGAGGAGGAAGGAAGUGAUGAAGAUGAAGAAUCUGAUGGAGAACUCUUUAUUACAAUAAGCGAUUUUCGAGCUCAGGAAAAACAUGAUCUGAGUGUUAAGAAAGGUGAAGUUAUUACAAUUGUUAAUCAAAAUCCUGAUGGAUGGUGGCUUGCCAAAAAUGCUGAAGGAAAGGAAGGUCUUGUCCCAAAGACUUAUUUACAGGUGUACAGUCAGCAGAUUCCAGAGGCAUCAAAUAUUAAUAAAGAUGAGGAGGAGGAGGAGGAGGAGGAUGCUGAUGAAAGCGAGGAGGAAGAUGAGGAGGAGGAGGAGGAGGAUGACGAGGAAGAUGAGGAUGACGAGGAACCAAAAACAAAAUCGAAUAAGCUAAAAGUACCAGAGAUGCAGAGUGAAGAAUCAAGAGCACACAAACUCUCUGCCAAAAAGGUUGUUUCAGAGAUUACUGCUGUAGAUAUGCUGGUGGAAAAAGCAGCCAUUCCUGAAGGAUUCAGAGCUUCUACUCUUGCCCAGUUGUUGGCAGAAGGAAAUAAAUUCCAUAUGAGUUACUUCCUGCAGCCAAUGUUAACUCAAUCUAAUCUGUGCUUCAAAGACCUUCAUUUGGACAAAGUGGAUGGGGGUGUGCGCCCAAGGAAGACACACACGGAACUGAUGUUUAUCCUGUGGAGCUGCAAGAUGAUUCCUUUCCCGGUCACUGGGGUCGAGGUGCUAAGCAGACAGGUUCGCUGCUGUCUAUUUGAUGGUCAAAGGGUUCUCAGCAAUAUCCACACCGUAAGAGCAACUUGGCAAUCAAAGAAUCCCAAAACAUGGACCUUUUCUCCAAGAGUUACAGGAAUACUUCCCAGCCUGUUGGAUGGAGAAUGUUUCGUGAGGUCAAACUCUCAGUCGCCUGAGAUCGGUAUUCUGUUUGAAGUGGGCAUCACCUACGUUUAUCACUUAACUGGUCAUCGAGGGGAUUUGAGCUGUGGCUGGGUCUUCUUGCCUCUCUUUACUGCUGACGGAGUUCCUGUUCCCCACAGAACCUAUGAAGUUGUAUUAAAUGGUGGAACACCUUAUGAAAAAGGCUUGGAAGUGGAUCCAAUACUCACUCGAAGAGCUAACUUUUUAGAGCAGAUUUUGGUGUUCAGGAAGCAACCCAAACUCCUGGUGAAGCUGAAACCACCAGCCGGUUACAUGAGAAACGUCCUGAAGCUGCUUCCAGAGACGCUGGUCGGUCCCAAGUGCUACGCCCACCUACUGGCCUAUUAUCGACAGUUACUUGCGGAAGCCCUUCUUAAAGACAGAAUUAAUAUGGAUAGUGCUGAUCUCAUCUGUAACCCAGUGCUGGCAACUUUCUCCGAACUACUGGAACAGACUGAUAUCGUAGAUGCUCUGCGGAGCGCUUGGUCUGAAAGGGAAUUAACCGUGAAACGAUCAGAGAAGAGAGACGAGGAGUUCAUGAGGCGGCUCUUUGUGCGGGUCUACCACGACAGUGUAUACCCGCUCCUGCGCUCCACCACCCUGCCGACAAUCAAACAGGGCGACGACGAGGCUGAGGUCAGCAGGUGGAAGGACAUCGCCAACUUUCUACACCAAACAGCCGAGAAGAAUGGCUCGCUCUACAGCCUUCUCUCCCCAGAGCACGCCUACCGGGUGUUUGAUAUUUCAGAGAUAAGCUACGAUUUCCUGGGACUGACACGGAAAGCUGCAUCAGUCGACUGAUCUACACACUACAAGUGCAACUAGUUUUAUUAAAAGGUGGCCAUCAACAUAAACCUCA